UACGCUUGUCCUAGGGAAAUUGUUCAAGUUUUUUUAUUUUAUUGGUGUAAAAUUAAAUACUCUACAAAGAAAAUGCAGAGAGAACACAGAGAAGCAAUUCGAAGUAAUUUUACCUCCCUGGUGGAGCGUACAGAUCUGGAUUCAGUCGUUACAGCUUUGUAUGAAAAAGGAGUCUUUUCCGAGCAAAUGAUCGAACCGUUCAGGAACAAUUCUGAGUUAGAAAGGGAUCGCAAACGUCGGCUCUACAUGGAUGUAACUCGUCGAGGACCUCAUGCAUUUGCCCAUCUGGUAGACGCUUUAGGAGAACUAGGAUAUUGGGACUUGGUGCGCGAUCUGGACCCUGAUAGUCCAUUCUCUUUCUCAAGCCAACAAAGAUUUAACCCCAUUCCCCAACCUACAACCCGAACAAGAACAGCAGACAAUGAUAACUUUCACAGUCUCAGCACAUCAAACAGGCCCCGGGCAGAACCCAAUAGAAACAGCACGCAGUUACAGUCAGCACCGCCGCCGCCUCCGCCUGCCGUUGACAAUGACAACUCGCCCGAGAAGGUCACUGCGCCGCCAUUUAUUGUCAAGAAAAGCACAAAAUUUAUGGAAGAUGAUGACACUAAAGAUCUGAAGCUGUACAGAACUCGCGGCCGCAACCGUGGCAUCUUGCUCGACUUCACGUACACAGAGUUUGACAACAAUAUCGAAGAGUUCCGCAAUGGCGUCGACGUCGAUUGCAACAACCUCAAAUACCUGUUUGACGAACUUGGCUUCCGUAGGCUGGGAUACCUCAACCUUACCAAAACAGAGACGAUGGAGACGCUAAAGUCUCUGAACAACGUGUUAGUGAACAUAGAGAGCGUGUUCAUCGUGGUGUCGUCGCACGGGUACGAGCGGCCGCACUCGUCCGACACCGACGUGCGCUGCAAGGACGGCCAGCUCAUCUCGCUGUACGACAUCAUGACCUACUUCAACAACCGCAACAUGCCCGCUCUCAUCGGGGUCCCCAAAGUGUUCAUCUUCCAAAUGUGCAGAGGCAGCAGCGCGGACUACGCGUGGCAAAGCAGCAGUGCGCACGCGCCGGCGCAGAUGCCGAUGCCGGCCGGCGACGUGGUGUACGACGGCCAGCCCAUGGCGCCCGCCAGCGCCGCCACCUCCGCGCUGCACCUGUACGACCGGCCGCGCCAGACGCCGCUCUACUCCGACAUACUCAUCGCGCACUCCACGCUGCCCGGGCUCGUGGCGCACCGUGACGGCAAGCUCGGGUCGUGGUACAUCCAAGCACUGUGCGAGGUGUUCGCUGCGCGUGCGCACGACUGUCACGUGGAGAAACUGUUCACGUUAGUUGACAAGCGCAUGCAGGACAAAUUCAAGGUGCAGACCUCCUCGGUGGACCGCUGGGGCUUCAACAAGAGACUGUAUCUGCACCCUGGCCUCUACGAGUAAUGAGCUGGUACAUUAGGUACGCAGCGUCUGGGUUGUUUCACAGCAAUUUGACUGAUAUGUCUUCCACAGAGAUAGAUUUUAAACGUAUUAAUGCUUCUAUUUUCUUUUGUAAAAAGCCAAUAAAUUUAAACAAAAAUCCUCACUUUAUCAGAGGAGGAGAAGGAGAGGUCUGACAUAAUUAUAUGUGAUUAUUAUUAAUGAUAUAUUAAUCUACUUUUUUAUAAAUAUGGGCAUGUGAUACUACACCAGUAACUAGUAAAUACUAGUAGGUAAUAGUCGUAGAAUCAAUCCAGCUAUCAUAUUUUAGGAUAGAUGAAUAGUGCCAAAUAUGCAGUUUGUAAAAUACCUAAUAUCCAUUGCCUCAAUUAAGUUCUUUUAAAUUGUGUUGCCUAACUAUUGUAUUAUUUUAGCAAUUA